AUGCAGCCACAUGAUAGCAAUCGAGGGUUAAAUAAUUUUAAUAACAGUAGUAAUCCUAAUAGUAACAACAAUGCAUUAAAUUACAACAAUCAAAAUAAUAUGAAUGCGCCAAUUGCUAGCCCGUUUUCAUAUAGUGGUAAUACUACUAAUAAUAUUAAUAGAGGCGCUGGAAAUGUACCACCUAUGGGUAAUACUAAUGAUAAUGCGGGUUAUAAUACUGUAAAAGGAAAUCCAAAUUAUUACAGCGGGCAAAAUUACUAUGGCACACAAAAUCCAGUGCAACAUAGCGCAUAUGCAGCAAAUUCAAGUAAUUUAAAUGAAGGAAUGUAUGGUAGGGAACCCCCCAAUUCUAAUCCUUAUUUAAAUAAUCAAGGACAAUAUAUGGGGGCGCAAAAUGCAUAUAUGCCAAUGGCAGCUAAUAUUCCAAAUAAUAAUGCUAGCGCAUACAAAGAUAUGGGAAACAAUUUAAGAUAUGAUGCGAAUAAACCUAUGAAUAGCGUGCAGCCUAUAGUAAAUGAUACAUAUCAAGAAUUUUUACAAUUUAAUGCCUUUUCUCAUUUUGUAAAAAGUUCAGUAAACUAUAUGCCAGCUAAUGCAACAUUAAAACAAAAGACGCACGUUCCAUUAGGUUUUACUAUACAACCAUUAGCACCAAUACCUGAUGGAUAUCCAGAAUUAGCGUCAGUAAAUUUUGGCAAUUCAACUGUUGUUCGAUGUAAAAAAUGUAGGACAUAUAUAAAUCCAUUUGCUCGAUUUGAAGCGGGAGGGAAAAAAUGGAAUUGCAAUAUGUGUUAUAAUAUAAAUGAAACACCACAAUUUUAUUAUGUGCCAUUAGAUGAAAAAGGCAAACGAAAAGAUUUAUUUCAAAGACCCGAAUUAUGUACAGGCAGUGUUGAAUUUAUUGCACCAAGUGAUUAUAUGAUACGACCACCACAGCCACCUGUAUAUUUAUUUUUAAUAGAUGUAACAGUAACAUCAAUAAAUUCAGGACUAUUAGAUGUUGUUUGUAAUACAAUUAAAAAAUUACUACCAAAAAAUAAUGAUGAAAAUGCUACUAAUGCAAAUAGUAAUAAUAAAAAGGUGUUUGAUUCUCGUACAUUAAUUGGUAUUAUAACAUUUGAUUCAACUAUACACUUUUAUAAUUUAAAUUCGAAUUUAAAACAAAAUCAAAUGAUGGUAGUGUCAGAUAUACAAGAUAUUUUUAUCCCAUUACCUGAAAAUAUUUUAGUAAAUGUGCAUGAAUGCCAAAAUGCAAUUGAUAAUUUAUUAGACAACUUACCAAAUAUGUGGAGGAAUAAUAAGAUGAGCGACUGCUGUGCAGGAAAUGCAUUAAAAGCAGCAGUUAUGCUUAUAAAAAAAGUAGGAGGCAAAAUAUUAUUUUUUCUUUCAUCUGUACCAAAUAUAGGUGACUUAACAGUUAAUGUAAAUAGAGAAGCAAAGGAUAAAGGCAGCAGUUAUAAAAAAAUAUAUAAUUCUAGUUCAAGUAAUGGUAAUUCAGAUUUGAAAUUACGAGAAGUAGAAAUGCUAAAUCCAGCUAAUAAUGAAUAUGGAGAAUUUGCGCAAAGUAUAACACAAUUUCAAAUAGCUGUUGAUUUAUUUGCAUGCCCAUUAUAUAAUUUAGAUUUAGCCAGCAUAUACCCAUUAAUAAAAAAUUCAGGAGGUUCUUUAUAUUAUUACCCACAAUUUAAUGUACAUCAAUAUAGUGAUAAAUUAAGAGAAGAAUUAUUAUUUGCAUUGACAACUGAAACUGCAUGGGAAUCUGUAAUGAGAAUAAGAAUAAGUAGAGGCUGGAAAAUUACUAAUUGGUAUGGCAAUUUUCAAUUUAGGGGAGUUGAUUUAUUAGCAUUACCUAAUUGCCAUUCUAGUCAAACCUUUAGUAUUGUUGUAGAUUUAGAAGAAAAUGUAGUACAAGAUUCAGUAGUAUAUGUACAAUCAGCAUUAUUAUAUACCAAUUCGAAUGGGGAAAGACGAAUACGAUUACACACAUAUGCAUUACCAGUAACUCAAAACAUUAAAACAAUUACAGAUUCAAUUAAUCCCCAAGUUGCUGUAUCAUUAUUAUCACAUCAAGCUAUAGAAGUAAUAAAAAAAGGAAAAAUAGCUGAUGGCAGAAAUUUAAUACAAACCUUAUGCUCCCAAGUAUUAUCUACACAAUUGUCAUCAUCAGAAAACUCACGACUAUUACCUAUAUAUAUUUUAGGUAUGCUAAAAUCUGUUGCAUUUAGAGAUAGUGGAGAUGUACCACCCGAUAUGAGAAUAUUUCAUUGGUCAAGAGUAGAAAAUAUUCCAGUCGAAUCAAUCGAAGCAUACUUUUAUCCAAAAAUGUUUAGUUUACAUAAUCUUGAAAAACAUCAUGGAAAUUAUGACGAAAAUAAUAAUUUUGUAUUUCCUCCAACCCUUAAUUUGACAUGCGAAAAUAUGACUCAGGAUGGGUGCUAUUUGGUGGAAGACGGCGAAAACAUAGUAAUGUGGAUAGGAAGAAGCAUAAAUCCUCAAUGGAUCUAUUCAGUUUUUGGUGUUCAAUCACUUGAGCAAUUAAACUCGGAGUACGCAGAAAACCAUAUAGGAUCAACUGAUAACCCUUCUAGCUUACAAGUUUUAAAUAUAAUCAAUGCAUUGAGAAAAUCUAGAACACCAUCUUACAUGAGAUUAAUGGUAGUAAAACAAGGAGAUCCAUUGGAAUACAAAUUUUUCUCAUACUUAAUAGAAGACAGAUCUCAACACAUGAUGAUAUCUUUAAAAGAAUUUUUAGCAAAAUUUUAUCCAAAGUAUCCGCAGUUUACCCCUUCGUUGAGCAACCCACAUGCUGCAACAUUCGACCGUUAA